AUUCCAGAUUCAAGUCUCAUGCAUGAUCGCGAUCGCGAACACGUGUAAUUGAAAUUAAUUUCUUCAAGAUAAUUAUUUCUCUUCUUCUGAGUAAGAAUAUUCGUAUUAAUAUUUCGAAUUCGACUAGCAUCGUACUACCUAUUCAUAGUUCUUCCAGAUCUAGUGGAGACCACCUGCGAUUACAUGAGUGAAAUCGCGUCCACUUCAUCGCAAUAAUGAAGAUCGAUCACGAUUACGAAGCGACCUGUGGACCUCUAGUGUUCCACCAUAAACCCGGCGAUCUGAAAAAGUUAGCUGCGAUGUCACUGGUAGCUGCUUUGAUGAAUCAUAACAUUACACUGAUGCGUAAAAACAAAGGACAUUCCAAUACUUAUGCAAAUGGAUGUGAACAUGAUAUGGUUUGUGCAGAAUUGCCAUCAUCUCUCCUACCUGUAAUGAAAAGUCUCAACCAUGACAUGCACAGAUCUAGAAUCAAAUGGUGGAAGUAUCACUCCGAAUGUGUUUUAUCACGUCGUAGAUAUCCCGAUAGUAUAAUCGAUUUACUUCCUCUACUGGUUUGGCUGCCUGAUGCUUCAAUCAGUUAUGAACAAACUGCAGGGAAAAUAUUGAAAUGCGAUAAAUUGCCUAAUAAGGAGAAAUUAAGGGUGGCUUGUGCGUAUUGUUUCGUAGAUGAUGUGGACCGUUUUAAGCAGACUUUGACGCCGGAAGAAAUUGAAGAUGCUACCAAAGAUGAUCGUUAUAGCGGUUCCGUACAUCCCAAAGAGGAUCUAAUCGUGAAUUAUUGGAAUGGUAAAUUUUCUAGUAUUCUUGAUUAUUUAUUCCCAAUGCAUGAAAGAAUACUUGAUGGGGUGACUUCUUUGAAAUACUACACUAAUUGGUCAGCAGUGGAAUAUUUUUGGACCCAGCUGGAUGACGAGAAACGCCUGAACCGAGCUCUCAGCAUGAUAAACUACUGUGAUCAACCUGCACUUACGUGUCAUGUUCUGGUCAAAUUGUCUGAUUCCGAAUUAGAUGCCGUGAUUGCGCGAGGAGGUCUUCAAAUUAUACGAACUUUGGUGAAAGAGCAAAAGUACUUCGAGUUCAUCAUAUCAACUUGGAAACGUAUGGUGAAUGUAAUCGACGAUCAAGCACUCGUUGUUAUUAUAUGCUCCGUAAAUGAAUUUCAAGACUGUUCUCGAUGCUAUUUGAAUUCUGUACUGUGGGAGAUGUGGCUUUGUCUGUCCGAACGCCAGAAGAAAUUCAUCAUCGAUGAACGCGUUUGCGAUUUCACCCAAAACUCUUACAAAGCCACUGUUGAUUUCUACUAUCGUCCAAAUUUUCGCCUGAUUAUAGAUGUACUUGUUCGUAUCGAUUCCGAAAGCAGACGUCAAUAUUGGUUGCAACAUUGGCCAUAUUUAGCUCCCGGCCAGCUUGAUGAUGAAAGUUCCAUCAAUCAGAUUAUGCAGCUUUGUCUGGCAAACGAUGAAGAAAUCGCCCUUUUUAAACGUACAGAGAUGCUGGAGUACGAUUCGAUUUCAGAUUAUGCUGAGUAUAAAUUAAGUCACGGGUAUUUUAAAGAAUUACAGAACUAUUUAGAAUUUUGCACCUCAGAUUUGGAAGUAAUUCGCAGUAUGAAGAAAAAAAUGGUUACGAUGAUGUCGAAGAAAGCUCUAUUUUUCGCUCUUUUUGAUAAAUCUCCCCGUAUAUGGAAUCAGUUUGAGACAUUUAUGAAUGAUAUUUUUACUCCAAAUGAUUUCGAAAAGUUUAUGUACAAAGUGAUGUUGGAUCCUGAUACAUUGAAAGAAAUAUGCAACGCGGUAUGCGAAACUGGAGACGUUCACAAAGUUUCAUCGUUCGUCGAGGAAUAUUUGACUUCUGAAAAACACCUUGUUAAAGUGAAAUUCGAAAUCUAUGGGAGAUGCUUUCAAAGCAUUGAAUUCAGUGAAUUCAUUGAAAGAUCAACGAUCGCAGAUUUAACGAUAUGGUGUUUUAAUGGAGAUACACGACUUGUCGAGCGGUUCAACGAAUUGCAUCCCUCGAUAGAUGACGAUGAUGACGACGGAGAAGAAGAAGAAGAAGAAGAACGCGAAGUGAAGAGGGCAAAAGUGACGAAAAAAUCCAUAUAUCGACAUUUUUGUGAUGCAUGGCUGGACGAGGCAUAUCGUUCUCGAUCUCGAUCUCAUUUGUUUUAUCGGCGUUAUGAUUCUGAUUCUGUUUCUGAUUCUGAAUGAAUGUGAUUGAUUGAGCGACGAAGUUCUGAAGAAGUUUCCUCUCGGUUACUUUGGGAUGUUAAAAUUUUAAUUCAACGUAGAUUUUAUUAUGUACUAUUCCAAGUUAAUGUAUGUUUUUUUUUCCUAUUGUGAGUUCUUGAUAGUUAUAUCUACUGAUUAAAAGUAUAAUUAUUAUACUA